AUGAACAUGACCACGUACCCGCCGACGAACAGCCUGAAGGAAGCCAUCACCGAGCUCCACAAACCUCCGGCCACUUCAUCUGCUUCCGCGUGUGUUCCGAAAGCAACGGAGAAAGUGACGAAGAAACCGGGUAGGAUACUCAUCACCGUGGACGUACAAGAGCUUGGCAACAUCGAACUGGAGGGUCUCGCCCCCUGGGUGAGGCGGCCACUUUACCCUUCCUUCCAUCUACGUGAUCCAUUGUGGAAGUACAUGACCCGUGGGGCGACUUGGUCUCCUUCGUGCACGUACUACGGAAUGGUCACACAGAGCACCACUGAGGACUGGAAAGGAGUGUCUCUUCGGCUGUCGACAGCGGAGCCCACUGUCCACGGGACGCCACCUGCGCUGGAAGGCAAGACUGUUUCUCUCAAACCCUAUCGGAUGCCGGAGCCCAGUUUCAGCAAACCUCGUGGCGCCAUGGGAAGGAAGAAGAGCGGAGCGUACAGUCGGCGAUCGAGCUUCGGGAGUGUCGGUGAAUGCGAGGAGGACGGGGAGUCUUCAAGCCUAGAUGACACCAUGUCAGCGGCGCUGUGCGUGGAGGGCUACGGCGGCGGCGCUCCUGGCCAUGGUGGAGGCGGCCCCGCUCCGUGUGCCCCACCACCGCCUCCAAAGGCGAAACCCGCCGUGGCACAGGUGGAGGGCGGGGGCGGCGGAAUGGGUGCCGUUUCGUUCGUCGUGGAAACGCCGGCAGACAUCAAGAGCAACGCGCGGGCAAAGAAGCUCACCGUGGGAGUAUUGCAGCUCUCCGCGGAAGUUUCCCACUACGUCGUACCUGCCAAAGAAUCCGCCGCUUACCUGCAAGCUAAGGAAUAUGUCUCCACACACAGGCAUCAAGGAAGUGUUCCCUCGAAAGUCAAGGUGUCGAUGUUGCUGCUUAUUUUGCACGCCAACCAGGCGACGAACAACACCGACUAUCUUCUCCUGGCGAGCAAUGACGUGUCCAUCUUCUUCGACAACAGCUUCAUCACCAAGACCAGCCUCACCUCCGUCUGUCCCGGAGAGUCCUUCCAGACCUUCCUAGGCAUCGAUCCCGCCGUUAAGAUCACUGUUGGGCCGCUUCGCAAGACCAGCAAGAAGCGCGGCAUCUUCUCCAAGUCCAACCACGUCACGCACACCCACAGGUACCGAAGUUGUACACAGACGAUCACCGAGAUCGACGAGAAAAGUAGAACCAUAAGCUUUGAGACACUCACAGCGGUGGCAGGUAGCACGAACGCUACCCAUGUUUCGAUGCUUGCGUCGGUCUUCCGCUACGCUCGGAACUGGCGGUUCGUUGCGCAUUUCGAUCGCAGCACGUCGAUCUCCAACAAGAAGAAGGUGCCGGUGAUCCUCAAGCAACCGCCACCUUCUAGCGUGUCCGAGUCCGAAGCCAUCACCGACGAUGCCCUCGCUUCCGCCGCCUUGGAGAUGUGCGAAGCGGGUGACGGGGGCAGCAGCAACGUCCAAACGCCGCCUGCGGUGAAUGGCGUCUUAGGUGUUAUCAAGAGCCCGUCGAACCACCUGGUGAGCCGACAGUUGGAGAGAUCUUGGCCAAUAGUUCAGAACGCUGCCCAACGAAAUGCUAGGCGGACCAUAGCUGAAAGGUUGGACAUAUUUCGUAGAGAGAAGCAUAACAUCAUGAUGACAAGCAGUUAUCAAGUCAACGUGCGAUCGUUCCCGAGCGGAUGAGGUCCGGGGGAAUAAGAAGGUGCGCCGAGAUGAAUCAGAUGCGUGACAAUGAGGAACAUUCGCUCGAUGCGCGUGAUACGGGCUGGUUGUUGUGAGGCUCACCCAUUAGUCACCAGGAGCAGUGCUAUCGUUUCAUUUACUAUCGUGUAUCAGUAUUGUACGUACAGUGUGGAGCUGCAGCCAUAUCAUGGCACUCUGGUGGCAUUGUCAUAUUUCAAUUUUCCCUCCCUUUUCACUGAAUCGCGAAAUGAUCUGUGUCGCCUCCGCUCUUGUUUUACCCAAAUCCAUCGAUGCUCUGUCGUUGUUUCCGUUGGUUGCCGAU